AUGGCCUCCUCCUCUUCCGCCGGUUAUCAGCUUUUGCAGCAAGGCGACACCCCCGAACCACCAGUCGCGACUGAAGAGGAAAUCAAGAUGGGUAAAGCACUUGGGACAUUUCGAGCUUGCUACGUUGUGGCAUUGUGCUGUAUUGGCUCUUUCCUUUUCGCCUACGACACGGGGAUUGUGGGAGGCGUCUUGACCUUUCCCUCCUUUCAAAGGGACUUCGGUUACUCAAAGGCCGACAAGACGCAGGUCAAUUCAAACUGCGUGUCGAUUCUGCAAGCGGGUGCCUUUUUCGGCUGCUUCUUCAUCUGGCCGUUGACCGGAUGGCUGGGCCGGAGAUGGGGAUUCAUUAUCGCCUCUGUCGUUUUCUGCACCGGGUGCAUCUUGCAAGUAGUCAAGUCGCAUUCCAUUGGCGUUUUCUAUGCUGGGCGAGUCAUCUCCGGUCUAGGGACUGGAGCAGCCACAGUGCUGGUGCCAAUGUUCUCCGCAGAGAUGGCGCCGAAAGAGAUUCGAGGCAAGCUUGGCUCCUGCUUUCAGCUUUUCUUUGCAACUGGCGUAUGCGUCAGUUACUGGGUCGACUAUGCGGCUCAGGUGGGCAUUUCGGAGACUUCGUCAAUGCAAUGGCAGGUUCCGGUUGGCCUACAGCUGGUCCCUGGAGGCCUCCUUGGGCUGGGCAUGUUGCUGGUGAAGGAGUCUACUCGAUGGCUUGCGAAGAAGGGUCGCAACGAAGAGGCUUAUGCUUCCCUCCUUUGGGUCCGUGGCGGCGUCGAUAGCCCAGAGAUUCGAGCCGAGUUUGAGGAGAUCCUUGCUGGGGUGGAAUUGGAAGUGCGAGAAUCUGAAGGCUUGACGUGGAAGGAACUGCUUCUGCCGUCGAACAGAUAUCGAAUGUUCAUCAGCAUCACGAUUCAGCUGUGCGCACAAUUGACGGGCAACACUUCCCUCGCCUACUACGCCCCUCAGAUCUUCGCCACAAUCGGAGCUGGCAACAAGACACUCUUCAUCACGGGCUUCUUCGGGCUUGUCAAGAUGGCCGGUGUCCUGAUCUUCAUCCUCUUCUUCGUCGAAAAAUUUGGCCGCAAGAUCCCCUUCAUGGUGGGCGCAUUUGCAAUGGGGAGUUUCAUGCUCAUCAUUGCACUGAUCGUUGACACGCAUCCCCCGAAACCAUCCGCCAAGGGCAUCACACCGUCGGGAGCGGCUGGCAUCGCAAUGGUCUAUCUCGAAGCAUUCUCAUUCAAUAUGUCUUGGGGCCCACUGCCAUGGCUCUACAUAGGCGAGAUCUUCCCCAAUCGGAUCCGAGAGAUUGGUGUUGCGACAGGUGCGGCCAGUCAGUGGCUCUUCAACUUCGUCAUGAGCCAGAUCACUCCCCACGCCAUUUCCAAUAUCGGCUGGAGGACUUUCCUCAUGUUUGCCAUAUUCAACUAUGCCAUCAUCGUCUACAGCUAUUUCGUGCUCAAGGAGACUACGGGCAAGAGCUUGGAAGAGAUGGAAAUUGUCUUUGGUACCGUGGACAGACUUCCCACCAAAGAUGAUGACGAGGUGGAGUCACAGGCCGCACACGACACCACCAGGGAAAUCCAUGAAACCACCAAGUGA